GAAAGCGAGGCUUGUUUUUCACCCACGUGGCAGAGAAGAAGAGACAAUGUCUGCUUCUUUACUGUGUCCAGUGGAGUGUGGUUGUUUGAGUGGAGGGGAUGUGUUGGGAGUGAGAGCCUCAGCUGUGGCGGGGGAGCUGCUAGUAUCCCGGGGAGGCGGACAAAUACAAGUGCUGAAUAUGGAGCGUGGUGUGUGUGUUAAGAGUUGGCAGUUAUCCACUGGCCAGAGCCUCUCCACUCCAGCAGUGCAGCAUCCAACAUCACGAGACUAUUGGGCCAUCACUAACAGCACAGAUUUGCUGAGCUGGCAGUUUACCGACACCUCGUUAACUCAAUCCCCUCAGGGGCUUUUCUCUCCAGUUCACUGUCUCUUGGUAACCCGUAGCAACAAGGCCCCCCUAGCUGUCCUGAGGAACGGCAGUGUGUGUGUUGCCAUGGAGACAGUGAAGGCACCAAAAAACAAAACAAUAAAAGUGGAGUUUGCUCAUGUACUGACGGGUGGAGACAAGGUGUGUGUGGUGUGUAGGUGUGAGACUAUGCUCCGUGUGGACAUGUGGGCGGUGAAUCGUGAGGGUGUGAGUCUUGUGAACAGCGCUCCUCUAGACAAAGAUUCCUUGACUUCAUUCUGUGUCUCUAAGCACAAGUUAUUAGCAGCAGAUACUGAGGGUCGUGUGUAUAGUUGGUGUGUGGGGGCGGGAGCGGUUGUGCCAUCAACAUCCUUAUCUCUGAGUAGACGUCCAAUCAGAUUGCAGAUAAAUACGUUAUCAAGUUUUUUCGUAACAAACAAUGGUAAAAAGCUGUCGCUAUGGGAACCAGUUUACAUGACAAAGCAGGCGGAGUUCAAAGUCCAUGGAAUCACCACGGUUCAUUCGUGUGGUGAGUGGGUGUGUGGAGUUAGUGAUGAUGGUGUGAGUGUGUGGAGAGUGGAGGGUGGCAAUAGUGGACUAGUAGGAGCUCUCGACAAAACCACCCCUCAACAGCUCAUAACCGUGGCAACCUGGGACAGUGAGGUGGUGAGUGAUGGUGCCGUACUGGACAGACUAGCAGACAGGAACACAACGCCCACUCUGAAGCGCUUCAUGGCCGAGUUCUCCUCAUGUCCUUUGACCUCUGACCUUUGUUACUCUCAUUUGGUGGAGCGUUUGCUGGAAGAGAAACAGUUUUGGGCCAGAGCAGCUUUAGAGACUCUCAUCAAAGCAGGGACAGUCCCCUCCAGUCUGUCUGACCAUGUCCUGAGGGAGGUAGUCUUACACAAGGACUGGGAGUUGCUGUGUUUGUGUUUGGAGGAGAUGACUGGAUUCUCUGAGGCUACUCUAGUAGCUAUACUGGAGCAGCUUAUUAGUCCACCAUUCUCCACUGAGCUAACUCAGGACCUAAGACACACAAUACUAACCUUGUUGCUAUGCCAACCGUUCAAUGAUGCUCUCCUUCAACAGCCGUUGUCUCAACUCAGUCCCUCCACUGUCAGGGAUCUGCUUGGUUUUGUCUCUUCACAACUCACACUCCCCUCACUCCUCACACAACGCCCACGCACAUACAAUGCUCUGCUUGACUGGGCGGCCCAGAUACUGGACGUACACUUCACUCAAUUGACCUUUGACCCUACAUGUAGAGACCUCCUAGUAGCGCUACAGGUCAGAGUGCGGGACCAGGUUGUGUGUUGGGGACGCUUGGCUUGUGUGCGUGGUGCAAUGGACGCUCUGACUGAACUAGCUAAUGCUCCCACUGCUAAUGGAUGGCUCUAUAAACUAGAGACUAUGGAUAUUGACCUCUAGACUCUAUAGUGUGUGUGUCUAUGGAUAUUGACCUCUAGACUCUAUAGUGUGUGUGUCUAUGGAUAUUGACCUCUAGACUCUAUAGUGUGUGUGACGAUGGAAAUUUAAUUAUAAUUAAAAAUAA